GACCUGAGGACUGUCCUGUGGACUGACGUGUCUCUGCUGUGUGUCUCAGGAUGAUGCUGAACGACAGGUGGACCAUCAUGAACAACAGCAGCUCAGAGCUGGACAGCAAACGACCAAACAAACACAAGAGAUGCUGCAGCUUCCUGUUUUGGUCUGUCGUCACGCUCGGCAUCAUCGCCUUCGUCAUCACAGCUACGUUCAUCAUCCUGCACCUGAACCAGUUUCCCCUCCCAUUCAGCAGGAGCAGAGCCUCCUCCUCUUCACCUGUUAUCUCGACCAAUCCCAAAGAGUCUGGCGCCCUGGUGUCAGUGUCCCGCGUCGCAGACGGCGAGCCGAUCAGCAUCUUCCUGGACCCGAACUGUCCGGACUACAGCGAGAACUUCCUGCGCUGGGAGGCGCUGCAGACGUCUCUGCUGCGUGCGCUGUCCAAUCACAACGCAGACGACUGGCAGGACACGGGAUUGGUCCAUAAACUGGCCGAGGAGCUGAAGGUGCUAUCAGGCCACGCCCACAACCUGAGGCUGGAAGCUGAUUUGUUGAAAAGAGGUCAAAGUGUCCUCGACCAGAGACUGGACGGACUGCAGAGCGAGCAGGGCCGCAUCAUACAGGUGCUGUCUGACAGUCACUCAGGUGUGCUGAAGCUGGUCGCAGGGUUCAGUGAUUCUCUGCUCAGCCUGCAGAGGGAGACGGAGAGUCUGAGGAGACUCAACACAGAGCUGCACAACCACAACAGCUACACAG